UUCAUGGUGAACAAAAAAGGUAUAUGGAACUUUAAAGAGGAUGGCAAAAGCGAGUAUCAAUAGUAAUUAGUAGAUCGAUUCAAUUGAAAGUUCUAGAUUUAACAUAUUCUAGUUAUUAUUAAACAAUUGAAUAUUAUUGAUUAAUUUAUAUCAUUAAAUAUAUUAAAAAUAUAAUAAUAUAAAUAGUAGAAAUCAUGGAUAUUAUUUUAGGUAUAAAAGUUGAAGAUGGUACUAUUAUAGCCACUUCUAAAGCUGCAACUAGAGGUAUUUCAGUAUUAAAAGAUAGUGAUGAUAAAACUAGAGCAUUAAAUGCUCGUAAUUUGAUUGCUUAUACUGGUGAAUCAGGAGAUACUGUUCAAUUUGCUGAAUUUAUUCAAGCUAAUAUUCAAUUAUAUAGUAUGAGAGAAAAUGAUAUCGAAUUAUCACCAAAAGCUACUGCAUCAUUUGUUAGAAAUCAAUUGGCAACUUCACUCAGAUCUCGUAAACCAUAUCAAGUCAAUGUUUUAAUAGCUGGUUAUGAUACUAAGACAGAUACAGCUAGUUUGAAUUGGAUAGAUUAUUUAGGUACUCAAGUUGAAUUACCUUAUGGAGCUCAUGGUUACGCAGCAUUUUAUGCUAAUUCCUUAUUGGAUAAGCAUUACAGAAAGAAUAUGAAAAUAGAAGAAGGUUUAGGUUUAUUGAAAUUAUGUUUAAAAGAAUUAGAAACAAGAAUGCCAAUAGAUUUUAAAGGUGUAUAUGUUAAAGUAGUCGAUAAAGACGGUAUAAGAUCUAUAGAGGGAUAUUAAGAGUAAGAGAGUAUAUAUUCCUAGAUUACGUUAGCAAUGUAAUAAAAUAAUUUCAUCUAUUAGCUAUUUGUUUUCUAUGAUUGGAUUUUGU